AUGGCUGAAGAAGAACUGAAUGCCAAUGACAACAACCUACCUACUAUUGAGAGUGACAGUAGUACGGAAGGUGAAGACAAUGACGCUAGUUCCACCGCUACUACUAGUUCUACUGAAAACAAGUACUUUUUAAAGACAGAUCCAGAUCAAGAUGACAAAGCUAGUGAGAUCAAGCUAUGGUCGUUUGCGCGUCCGCAUAUGCGUGCGUUUCACUGCGCGUGGUGGGGCUACUUUAUUGCCUUUAACUUGUGGUUUGCGGCGGCGCCCUUGCUUUCCGAGAUUCGCGAUUCUUUGAAACUAACGGAUGAACAAAUCUGGACGUCUUCGAUUGCUGGAGUGGGUGGAACUGUGAUUAUGCGUUUUCUAUUGGGACCUUGUUGCGACAAGUACGGAGCCCGCAUUCUCUACUUGGUCAUUCUCUGUAGUGCGAGUAUCCCCACGGCUUGCCUAGGGCUAGUACAUACGGCUACAGGACUUACCGUGACGCGUCUGUGCAUUGGAUUUGCCGGAGGCACUUUUGUCAUGUGUCAAUACUGGUGCACCAAAAUGUUCACUCCCAAUGUUGUUGGAACGGCUAAUGCUACCGCAGCGGGAUGGGGGAAUCUGGGGGCCGGAGUGGCACAGCUCAUUAUGGGAUCGGCACUCUUUCCUCUUUUCAAGUGGUUCUACUCGUUCAAUACGGAAGAUCCAGCUAGCAUUGCUGAAAAGGCGUGGAGAACUGUAUCCGUUGUCCCUGCUACCAUUGCAUUUGCCUCGGGAAUCGUCAUGUACUUUAUCAGUGAAGAUGCGCCCAGAGGAAACUUUAAGCAACUCAAGCAACAAGGAGAAAUGCAAGAUGUCAAACUUGCUUCCUCUUUCAUUGGAGGACUCUUGGAUGUCAACACUUGGUUGCUCUUUGUGCAGUAUGCAUGUUGUUUUGGAGUGGAAAUGACCAUGAACAACGCCGCAGCUCUCUACUUUAAGGAUCAGUUUGGACAGUCCACUGAAUCGGCUGCUGCCAUUGCGUCCAUCUUUGGAUUCCUCAACCUAUUUGCACGAGGGUUGGGUGGAUACUGUAGUGACAAGGCCAAUGCAAGAGCGGGCAUGCGAGGACGACUAUGGGUGCACACCAUUGUACUCCUCCUCGAAGGAAGUCUCAUUCUCGUCUUUUCACAAACCACUUCGCUGGCAUCUGCCAUUGUCACCAUGGCUUCCUUUAGUCUCUUUGUCCAAAUGGCAGAAGGAUCUUCCUAUGGCAUUGUCCCCUAUGUCAAUCCACCCAUUACCGGAUCCAUUUCGGGCAUUGUCGGAGCUGGUGGCAAUGCCGGUGCCGUACUCUUCAGUCUCGGAUUCCGACAGUUGCCCUACGAAGAUGCCUUUCGACUCAUGGGAUCCUGUAUCAUUGGAAGUGCCUUUUUGUCACUAUUCAUCUUUAUCCGACAUCAUCCCGGACUCAUCUUUGACGGACGAUCUCCUCCUCCAUCAUCACAAGAAGACGAUGAAGAUGGUCUCGGCAAGCCAUCGUCCGAUUUGGCAUUGACCGAUGGCAGUGACGAAGAAGACAGUCGCACGUCAUACGAUGUCGAAGCCGUCGCUGUGGUACAAGAUGCUUCCUCCUCCACACAUGCAAAACCACACUCCACCACCAGUAUGGGAGACUUUUGCGUCGAACUAUCAUCCGAAAGUCAAAUGCAUGACAACCACAAUCACAAGACUAUGCAACGACAAGAAGAAGACCAACAAUAA